UGAAAUCCUACAAAGUGAAAUGAAAAUUAUUGGUUUUGAGUUUGGUUUUCGUCGAGGUGAUUUAUUAUCAGCAAUGUUUGUCAACAAUCAUCAUCGUGUGAUAAUAUUAUCGUUUGCUGUGGUUAUAUUUUUGAUUCUAUCGUAUCAAUCAGUCAAUGGAAGACGUAAUGGUGCACCAAUUGAAUCCUGCACAAGCUUAAAACCAAAUCAUGGACAAAAUAUUCAAUCACAACCAAAAUCAACAAAUCCAUUUUUAUUCAAUAUAACACUGUACCCGUAUAUGAAUGAUGAAGAAUUUGUUCAUAUUGAAAUUUAUACACCCGAUGAUAAUCAUCGUACAGUAUUUCGUGGUUUUAUUGUUCAAGCACGUAUGGCUAAUGAUCAGACAGUGAUUGCCGAUGGUCAAUUUGUACCGAUGGAUUCCAAUCAAACACGUUCAUUUUCAUGUAAUAAUAUGGAAGGAAAUAAUACCUGGACACAUUCAAAUAACAGCCCGAAACAACGUGUAUCAGCAUUUUGGUUUCCAACCGAAUCAACAAUGAAUAAUGAAAUUAUAUUUCUUGCAACCGUUGCUAUUGAUGCUAAACAUUAUUGGUUGGAAAUGGAAUCGGUAAAAAUUCCAUUAGGUGUUACUAUCAAUGGUGGUGGCGGUGGUGAAGAAGAACAAGGUGAAGGUGGAGAAGGAGAAGUUGAAGGUGGUGGUGGUGAAAAUCCAUCAAACGAACAAGAAGAAUCGGAUGAAGAAAAUUCAGCUGAACAACAACAACAAGAACCAUCAAACAAUGUUGAAAGUAUUGUUUCAUCAUCAACAUUUACAAUUAAUUACAAUUCAUCAACAACAUCCAAUUUAAUUUUAAUUAUU